ACACAUUAUCGCGACAGAGAGAGAGAGAGAGAGAGAGAGGGAGAGAGAGAGGGAAAUGAAACGCAGAAACAGAAAACAGAAAAAAAGCGGCUUUUGAAAACCCUAACACUAGUCCUCCUUGUCCCCGUUCUCAUUGACACAUCUCUUAAUUUAAUCCUGGUUUCGUUACAGCCUUUAUUUUAAGGGUGACAAUAUCUGGGGAAGCCUUAUUGAUAAGCAUGCUGAUACGUUUGUCAUCAGGAUACAACGAAGUGUCAGUUUGGGAAGCAUUGAUAAAGAGUUUAUACACUAACAAAGUGAACCUUUUGAGGAAGCGGCAUAUAUUCUUCCUAUUAUUUAUCUUUUGUUUUUGAAACGAUAAGAGAAAGGUUGUUCAUUUUUGAGACAUUCCAAAUAAGCUUUCACAGCCAUUAUCAGAUGUCAGAAGGCAGUAUGGCUGUUGUGAAACCUGAGAUGAAGUCUUACAUUUGGCUCCAAACUGCUGAUGGUUCAAUCCAACAAGUAGAAGAAGAGGUUGCCAUGUUUUGCCCCAUGAUAUGCCAAGAAAUUCUUCAAACAGGCAUGGGUUCUUCAAAAAACUAUGCUAUAUCACUGCCUCAACGUGUGAAUCCUGCUAUCUUAGGCUUAAUACUCGACUAUUGCCAGUUUCAUCAAGUACCAGGUCGCUCUAAUAAGGAGUGCAAAAUUUUUGAUGAAAAAUUUAUUCGAAUGGAUACAAAAAGAUUAUGUGAGUUGACAUCUGCUGCUGACAGCCUUGGGUUAAAGCCUUUGGUUGAUCUUACCAGUCGUGCACUUGCUCGAAUUAUUGAGGGGAAAACUCCUGAGGAGAUACGUGAGACCUUUCAUUUACCUGAUGACCUCACAGAGGAAGAGAAAUUGGAGCCUCUAAGAAACAUUACUGAUGAUCCACGCAUCCGGCUUUUAAAUCGAUUGUAUGCCAGAAAGAGGAAGGAAUUGAAAGAGCAAGAGAAAAUGAAGAAUGUUGAGGUUGAAGAUGAGCAUGUGGAUGAACGCUCGGUUGACGAUCUCUUGUCAUUUAUAAAUGGUGCAGAUGGAGAUUCAAAAGGUAGUAGUAGUAAGAACAAAAAAAAGAAUCGUAGAAGAAAAGACCAAUCAAAGGAAUCUUCUUCAAACAAUUUAAAUGGAAACAAUAAGAAGGAGAUGGACACUUGCCCUUCUGCUUGCCAUAAUGGGAAGGUUAAAGAUAUUUUGGUUGCCUCUUCCAUUAAAACUUCAAAGUUUCAGGAAUCUGGAUCUGCCACGCUUUCACCUAAGCUUGAAUUUGAUGAUGUUGACAUUGAUGAUGAUUUAGAUCCUGCAAUGAAGGAGGAACUUGACAGGGAAGUUGAGGACUUUGCUCGUAGAUUAAAUUCAGAUUGGCCAGAAAGGAUGCAAGAAAUACUUUCGCUAGGCCAAGAAAGAAGGCUGAUAUCAUUAUCAAUGGAUGGGAAUGGCUCUUUAUGUAGAUAUUCAGGUAAGUUCAUUCCUAGGUUUCAUCUUUUCUCAUUGUGCUUUCCUUUGGGCCUUGUUUAUGUUAUUCCCCCACCCCACCACUGCCACUUUUUCCUUAUAUGAUUGGGAUAAUGAUGUUGAGGGGAUAAUAUAUUCUUGAUCUUGAAUAUAGUUAGUUGAUGUCAAAUCACCAUGUUGGUUAGAUAUACAGACAGUUAUACACAAGGAGAUGACAUCAGCAUGCAUCUCUUGGUCCAGAUGAUUCUGAGAAUUUUCGAUGGGCUUGGUCAUGUUUUCGUGUGAAGCGACUUAUUUUCUCCAUUGAUUGACCAUGUAAAAAUGCAUUUGAUGCAAUAUUUGAUGUCUAAACAGAUUUGGAUCAGAGAUAAUAUGAGGAUAAUUUCCAUUCUGAGAAUUGUCAGCAGCUUUGAGCAGUUUGGAUAAGAUGCUGCCUACAGUUGGUUGCUGUCUGAAGGUGGAAGAAUUAAAACUGUUAUUUGGUGUGGACUGCAUGUGAUUAUUUUUGUCUGUUCGACCAUCACCAAAGGCAACAUUCUUUCUCGGCGUAAUGUAUGUUGAAAAUGAAAAAUAAAACUCAGAAGAGACAAUUUGAGCACAAUUUGCUCAUUUGUCUUUGUCUUGUUCUGUUGUUGCAGUUGUUUGUGACUUUCAGCUAUUCUCAUCAGCGAGCUCCUGUACCAUCUGGAAAUUAUUUCUUUCACAAAUUUUCUCAUUUUAAGAAUACAUUUCUUUUUGACAUUUACGCAUAGCUUCCUUGUGGCUUGUUCACAGAGGCCACUAAUCUAUAUGGAGAAAAAGAUUGGGAAUAUAUGAAACGCACAGUUGAUUCUUUAACCAUUUUUGAAGAUUUUGACUUGUUUUAAAACUUGCUUUCUGAGGGAACCAGUGGAAGAAAACUUUAAUAGAGGAGGAUUAGCACAACUUUGUAAUUUUAUUGUGUGAAUCUUUCAUAGAAGUUUGUUUGAGUAGAUGAAGUUUUUGCCUGUAGCUUGGCUUGCACAGUGGUGAGGAACUACAAUUAAGCUUUGAUAUGAUGGAAGUAGAGAUUACAUUUCUCAUCCUUUUUGUUGAGGGAGUGUAGCCUUUGUUUUUGUUAUGUACUGUCCAUUGUAAUGAAGAGAUAAUCUAAGAUUCUAUUAAGAUUGUUUUGUAGUGCCCUUGAUUCA